AUGCUCCAAAGGGGCUACGCGAAGCAGGUGAAGGAGGUUUGCAAUAUGUACAUCCACGAAAUGGAGCUACUUCAGAUCGAGAAGAAGCUCGAGGACGAAGCUUGCAGAGAAUCCCUUAGAGUUACCAAUGAGGAGCGCAAGAAGCUCAAGGCCGAAGCUGCGCAGAUUAGGGCUCCAGAGCGCAAGAUCGCACAACAAGAAUUCAGAGAAAUACUCCUAUUUGAUGGUCACAAUGGAACUGCUGCUGCUAUUUAUGCCAAGGAGAAUCUUCUAAACAACAUUUUAAGUGCAAUUCCUUCAGAUCUUAACAGAGAUGAGUGGAUAGCAGCAUUGCCCAGGGCUUUGGUUGCAGGAUUUGUGAAAACUGACAAAGAUUUUCAACAGAAAGGUAUGACUAAUUAUUUCUCUUGUAGUAUUUGUUCCAUCCUUUACUAA